ACUUAAAACACAAUCAUCAUAAUACCCAAACAGCCCCCGUACGCGGACUUUUACCAAACCAAACAGCAGAUAUUGAAAUAUCAGAUAUUCAGAUCUAACCCGGAUCCGACUGCAUAGACCCAAACGGACCGACGCUGACAGUUUUGACUAUCGAUUAUCGUAAGCGCUACCCUCCACAUUUCACAACCGACACAGCCCCACAUUUCCCUCCAUACCUUUCUUUCGAUCUUCCUUCCUCCUGCAAUUUGGCCCAAUUGGAGCUGCUUCGUAUAUAGGCCCGAAAUGAGAACAUGGAGCCCUGGGACAAGAACAUGAAGAAGAAGAGGAAGCGGAGCCGGAGGCCCGUCAGGCUCAGAUGCUCCGUCAAGAAUUACGAUUGGGGCAUUGUCGGUCGCCAUUCCAAGGUCGCCAGGCUUUUCGCGCUCAAUUCCGGGUCGGAUAUCGACCCCGCCAAGCCCUACGCCGAGUUCUGGAUCGGGACGCAUGAAUCCGGGCCGUCGUAUGUCGAUUCCGGGUCGGAGCCCGUGAGCCUGAAGGCCUGGAUCGCUCGGGAUCCCAGUGUGCUUGGGGACAAGGUUGUUCACAAGUGGGGUGCUGAUCUUCCCUUCUUGUGCAAGGUACUUUCGGUUGGGAAGGCUUUAUCAAUACAGGCUCAUCCGGAUAAAGAACUAGCUAGGGUGCUGCACAAGUUACACCCAAAUGUUUACAGAGAUGACAAUCACAAGCCUGAAAUGGCAUUGGCAUUGACAGAGUUUGAGGCUCUUUGCGGGUUUAUUAGUGUCAAGGAGCUAAAAGACAUGCUUAGCAGUGUUCCUGAGAUUGCAGAGUUGGUUGGGGUUGGAGAUGCAGAGAGAAUUCUACUUGUUAAUGAGCAGCAUGAGAAUGGGAAAUCAAAAACGGAUUUAGAGUCCAUCUUCAGUCGAGUUAUGUUACUAAGUAAAGAUACAAUUUCUGAGAUGAUAUCUAAACUGAAAAGGCGUCUUAAUCUAGAGAAAAAGAAAAGGCAAUUGACGGUUAAAGAACAACUGGCACUCAGAUUGGAGAGUCAAUAUCCAGCUGAUGUGGGUGCAAUAGCAGCAUUUUUUCUUAACUAUGUGAAGCUGAACCGUGGUGAAGCAAUAAGUCUUGGGCCAAAUGAGCCCCAUGCAUAUAUUUCUGGUGAAUGCAUUGAGUGUAUGGCAACUUCUGACAAUGUUGUUCGUGCCGGCCUUACCUCAAAACCACUGGAUGUCCAAACGCUUCUUUCUAUGCUUAAAUACAGACAGGGUUCUCCUGAGAUUUUGCAAGGGGUUUCUUUGAAUCCAUACACAACAAGGUAUCUCCCACCUUUCGAAGAAUUUGAAGUUGAUUGCUGUAAUCUUCCUCAGUCCGCAGCGGUAAUUUUUCCCUCAGUCCUAGGACCAUCCCUUUUCCUAUUCACUGCUGGGAAAGGACAUUUUGAUGCAGGUCUGACCGAGGAUGAUAUGGUGAAGGAGGGGGAUGAUAUAGUUGAAGAGGGUGAGGUUUUCUUUGUGCCUGCCAACACGAAGAUUAGCAUUACUGCCAAAUCAACAGAACUGCAACUGUAUAGGGUGGGGGUGAACAGCAAAAUUUAUAGGGAUUUGUAGUCUGCAAUUACGUCGAAUUCUUACAUUUCUUCUUUGGAUGAAGAAAAAAUGCGGACCAGGAUUUUAUACAAUCACAUCUUUAUGUAAUAUUUGCUCCUUUAUUCUUUUAAUUUAUUUAUUUAUCCUUUUCAAUUCAUA